UCUGCAUUAUCCAUCGAAAGCCUUAAACGAGUGAUCUCUCGCUCAAUUCACGAAUUGACCAAACUACCCCCAAAAGAGAAAAUUGAAAAAGAAAAGCACUGAAUUUCAUAUAAAAUACCCGGAUCCAAACCCCAAAUCCAUUGUUAACAAAAAAAAAAAAAAAGGGGAAAAUUACCCACUUUAACCAACAAACGGCUUCCUUCCUCGUCCGCGAUUGUCCUCGACGCAUUUCUUCAGCUCACCAUCUCCAUAGCCUCUUAAACCAGUCUUCUCUUCCCCAGUGAUUAUAUUGAGGGAAAGAGAGAGAGAUUUUCAAAAAAGCCUCUGUCUUUUUCCAGUAAUGCCAAAUCCAAACCUCUAUUCUUCAAGAUAGACGGUGGAAAAUUCAAACAUGAUCGUUAGAACUUAUGGUCGCCGCAACCGGGGCUUAACCAGGACCUACUCGGAUUCUCUUGACGAAACCGUUCCCGAAAACUCCUUCAGGGACUCUUUCGCUCUCUCUUCCCAAGAAAACCCAUGUCAAGAUUUAUACAGUUUACCCUUCUCCUCCCAAGAAUCUUCCUCUCUCUGGCCCUCCUUCGAUCCCGAUCCCUACAGCUUCAAUUCAUCGCAGGAGAAUGCUUUGUCGAAUGGCGACGUGUUGAGGAAGUCGAAGAAACCGAGGAAUGGCAAAUUGGAUAGACCUGCCGGCAAGAGUCGUAAUUCUAGGUCGUUGGUUCCGGUGACUUCGACAUUGAUGGAGACGCAGGAAUUUGGGGAGAUGAUGGAGCAUGUUGAUGAGGUUAAUUUUGCGCUUGAUGGGUUGAGGAAAGGCCAACCUGUUAGGAUCAGGAGGGCCAGCUUGCUGUCUCUUUUGUCGAUUUGCGGCACAGCGCAGCAGCGACGGCUCUUGAGGACCCAAGGGUUGGCUAAGACAAUAAUUGAUGCUAUUUUGGGUCUCAGCUUUGAUGACUCAUCCAGCAAUCUAGCUGCUGCAACUCUUUUCUAUGUUUUGACGGGUGAUGGUCAAGAUGAUCACCUUUUGGAAUCACCCAGUUGCAUUCGCUUUCUGAUUAAAUUGUUGAAACCAGUCAUUUCUACUGCUGCUGAGGACAAAGCCCAAAAUAUUGGCAAUAAGCUUUUAUCAUUACGUAAAGAUUCUGAUAUCUUAAGAGAUACAACGAAACUGGUAGAUUCCAGCUCUGAUGACAUUGUUGCCAAAGUUCAGGAAAUUCUUGUUAGCUGCAAAGACAUGAAGUCAUGCUGUGAGGAUAUUAAUGGAAUGGAGAGACCAGAGUUGAGCGCGAAGUGGGUAGCUUUGCUGACAUUUGAGAAAGCUUGCCUAUCUAAGAUAUCAUUUGAAGAUACAUCUGGCAUGGUAAGGAAGACUGGUGGAAAUUUUAAGGAGAAGUUACGGGAGCUGGGAGGACUUGAUGCUGUCUUUGAGGUUACCAUGAAAUGUCACUCUGUUAUGGAGACUUGGACGGGACAAGGUUCGCCUUCCAUUAAGGGUACAAAAGAUGACUCAGGCCUGCAGAGCCUGGUGCUACUCCUAAAAUGUUUGAAUAUCAUGGAAAAUGCUACAUUCCUUAGUAAAGAUAAUCAGAGCCAUUUGCUUGGAAUGAAAGGAAAUUUGGAUUCUCAUGGAUAUCGACUUUCUUUUACGAAACUCAUCAUAAGUGUUAUCAAGAUUCUAUCUGGUCUUUAUCUACUAAAAAAUGCUACUAGUGUGUCCGGUGAUGGAAAGCCUUGCAGUCUUUCUGAUGGUAGUUAUCAUGCUUCUGAUUUGGCUUUAAUUGCGGACAACAAAGUAAAUGAUAACGAAAUUAUAUACGUCAGUUCUUCAACAAAUUGCUCUGGUGCAGAGAGGAAAUCUUCUGAAAGAAGUUUUAAUGCAUCUCAGAACUCUAUUUCCCAGUUUAGUUUUUCUGCUUCCAGUUUUGAAACUACAUCUACAUUCAUGAAUGAUGCUUGCCAAUUAAGGAUGAGAGUCCAUUCUUCCACAUCCAGCUCAUGUAGCGGGACAUUAAGGAGAUCUAAUAGCAGAAUACCUGUAAAUGAUAAUGGGUUAAGGACCAAAUUUGGGCUUCCUGAGAGAACUAAUUGUACAAAAAGUACCAAGUGUGAACUCUUUGAGAAUAGCCAAGAUCCUUUUGCAUUUGAUGAAGAUGAAUUUCAGCCCUCAAAGUGGGACUUGCUUUCUGGAAAAAAGAAAAAAUCUCAAUCUCGAAAUUGCAGUGUAAUCUCAAAAGAACUCGAAGAUGGGUGUCAAUAUCAGCUAAUGAGCCAAGAAUCAAUUAAUGGUGAAAAUUACCAACAAAAGUCUAGACAUGUGGAAAAUCAUUGUUCACAAGAAAACAUUUUCUCUGAGGAAGAACAUUCCAGCCUCCUGGCAGACUGUCUUCUUACUGCAGUCAAGGUUCUAAUGAAUUUAACAAAUGACAACCCUAUUGGUUGUAAACAAAUUGCUGUAUGUGGAGGACUCGAAACUAUGUCGUCUUUGAUUGCUGGCCAUUUCCCUUCAUUCAGCUCAUCUUUACCUUUCUUCAGUAAGACGAAAGAGGAUUCCUCAUGUGUUGAGCUUGAAAAUCAGAAUGAUAAUCAUCUUACUGAUCAUGAGUUGGAUUUCCUUGUUGCUAUAUUGGGCCUACUAGUGAACUUGGUUGAGAAGGAUGGUCAUAACAGGUCAAGGCUUGCAGCAACAACUGUUUCAUUACCUAGCUCAGAAGGGGUCGAUGAGGAGAGUCAUAGGGAUGUAAUUCCAAUACUGUGUUCAAUCUUUCUAAUGAACCAAGGUGCAGGUGAUGCAUCUGGAGAAGGAAAUAUUGCAGAAUGGAAUGAUGAGGCGGCUGUGCUACAAGGAGAGAAAGAAGCUGAGAAGAUGAUUGUAGAAGCUUAUGCAGCACUCCUACUUGCAUUCCUUUCAACAGAAAGUAAGAGCAUUCGUGAUUCUAUUGCUGAUUGCCUUCCAAAUCACAGCGUGGCUGUUCUUGUUCCUGUCUUGGAGAGAUUUGUGGCAUUUCAUUUGACGUUAAACAUGAUAUCUCCGGAGACUCAUAAAGCUGUGAACGAAGUAAUUGAAUCAUGUCGGAUACCUUGAAAGCUCAAGAAAUGCAAAUUUUGUACAGCCUCUUGCCAUACUUUCAGAUAAACUUCUGUUGUAAACAAUGACAUUAGAUUGCUGCAGCACACCCAUCAAAACUGACUACCUGCCUGCACUUUAUCUGAUUGAUCUUUGCAUUUUUUUUUUCCCUCCCUUUUUGUUUCUUCCCCUUUUUCCUACAGUAUUCUUUCUGUAUGGUGCAGGCUGAGACGCGUGUAUUAUGAAAAUGAUAGUAGAAUCAAAUUAUAUUCCUUUGUGCAUUA